ACCGGAUCCGGCCCUUGAGGUCAAGAUGGUAAAUUAUCACACCCCUUGAGGCAAAUCAGAGUCAGCUAUAUAUCUCAUCAUCGUCGUCAUCGGCUGGGCAGGUUGGCUAUCUACAAUUUCUCCCGUCCUUUACCUACAGAGUCGCGUGCCCCCUCUGCUUCGGUCGGCGAUUUUGCAAAUCCCACCCUGCUCCUGCUUGCUUCCUUGCUUGCGUCCGCCUCCUUCGCGCUCGCCCCGAAAAUUCUUCCGAAUCCAGGGCCAGUUCGGGGACAUCUACCUCCAUUCCCCCUAUGAGCCCCAGAUUUUAAGUCGUUUCCUAUGAAAUCGGCCGAUGCCAUGAAUUCGAGUUUUAUUGAAUUGAGUCGACUUCCUUGUUGAAUUCUUCGAUCGGAUCGUGGGUUGCGUCUUAUAUAUGAGGUCGUCGGCGGUUUGGCCCGAUAGUUACGCUUCUGCCGCCGCUGCUACAGCGCCCUCGUCUUCGUCGUCGAAUUUUCAACAACUGUUGCACCAGCCAUCCGUCCCUGCGCAGGAGUCGAAUUCUUGUCAAAGUAAUGUCUUUAAAUUGCUGGUCCAGAGAGAGUUAUCUCCUCAAACGAAGAGAGCUCCCAAAAAAUUUUGGGGAAAGGCAUGUAAUUCUAGAAUGAAAAAUGUAUUGGCAAAGGAUGCACGGCAAGAGAUUCGUUCUUGGGUAGAGGCAAAGUCACUGUUACACUUAUCAGCCAAAUAUUGUCCCUUAGUGCCUCCGCCAAGGUCAACCAUUGCAGCAGCAUUUAGUCCUGAUGGAAAGAAACUUGCUUCUACCCAUGGUGACCAUACAGUGAAGAUAAUUGAUUGUCAAACUGGACAAUGCCUGAAGGUCCUCAGUGGGCAUCGGAGGACGCCUUGGGUGGUUAGGUUUCAUCCAAUUUAUCCUGAAAUUCUUGCAAGUGGAAGUUUGGACCAUGAAGUUCGCUUGUGGGAUGCAACAACUGCAGAGUGUAUUGGAUCCCGAGAUUUUUAUCGUCCUAUAGCUUCAAUUGCCUUUCAUGCUCAAGGUGAAAUUUUGGCUGUAGCAUCAGGCCAUAAGCUUUAUAUAUGGCACUACAAUAGGAGAGGAGAUGCUUCCUCACCUACAAUAAUAUUGAAGACACGGAGAUCCCUCCGUGCAGUUCAUUUCCAUCCACAUGGAGCACCAUUUCUUUUAACGGCCGAGGUAAAUGAUCUUGAUUCGUCAGACCCUUCAAUGACUCUUGCAACCUCCCCUGGGUACCUGCGCUACCCCCCUCCAACAAUCUAUCUGGCAGAUCCUCACUCCACUAGUAGGCCAAAUUCAGGAAAUGAGCUGCCAGUCAUGUCUAUACCAUUUCUAGUUUGGCCUUCAUUAGGCAGGGUUGAUACGGGUUUGCUUUCCCAGCAGACUGAUGCAGACGUGAUCUCCAGUGUUCCACAACCAAGGCGGGAAUCAUCCACCUCUGUGCGGCUUCUCACAUAUUCAACUCCUUCUGGCCAGUAUGAACUUGUACUGUCUCCAAUUCAAUCUCCUGUUCGAGAAGAGACACAAAUUAAUUCCCUAACCAGGGAGAUGGAUGGAAGUAUUUCUCAACAUGCUGUGGAUCCUAUGGAGACAGAUGUACAGCAAGAGGAGGGGAGCAAUCAAAAUAUUUCAUUCAGUGAUCCCGAGUACUGGGAGGUUCCCUUUCUACAAGGAUGGUUGAUUGGUCAAAGCCAAGCUGGCCAAUAUGCAAUCCAGUCACAAAAUGGAGGGAUGACUGAAGGUUUGUCAUCCUAUGCUGCAAUUGGGAACCCAUCAUCAGUAAAUCCUCCAGCAUUUCAGGAUGUUGGUAUUUCCAGAAUUUUUGAAAGAAUUGGUUCACGACAGAGAUCUUCACGCUCCCGCCAGAGAUCCAUCGCAGGAUCUAGUGAUGGUGCAACUUUUCAUGGCAUUCCCUCGGAUGCUAACGCUCAGCCUUUUAUGAACCAAGUUCAAUCCGAGGUAGCUAACUCAUUGGCUGCAGCUGCAGCUGCGGAGCUACCUUGCACCGUGAAGCUUAGAAUAUGGUCUCAUGAUCUGAAAAAUCCUUGUGCGCCUCUUGACACACAUCGUUGUCGCUUGACAAUUCCUCAUGCUGUACUUUGUAGUGAAAUGGGUGCCCAUUUUUCACCAUGUGGAAGAUUUUUAGCAGUUUGUGUAGCAUGCAUCCUUCCAAACAUUGAGUCUGAUCCAGGGCUGAAUGGCCAGGCUCAUCAUGAUGUUACGGCGGCCUCAACAUCUCCAACUAGACAUCCAAUUUCAGCCCACCAAGUUAUGUAUGAGUUAAGGAUAUAUUCUCUUGAAGAGGCUACUUUUGGUUUUGUUUUGGCCUCGCGGGCCAUCAGGGCAGCUCAUUGUUUGACUUCAAUUCAGUUUUCACCUACCUCUGAGCAUCUGUUACUCGCAUAUGGUCGGCGCCACAGUUCACUUCUUAAAAGUGUUGUGAUUGAUGGAGAUUCAACAGUACCAAUUUAUACGAUUCUUGAGGUUUAUAGAGUUUUUGAUAUGGAACUUGUGAGAGUUCUUCCAAGUGCAGAGGACGAGGUUAAUGUAGCGUGUUUCCAUCCUUCAAUAGGCGGUGGCUUUGUAUAUGGCACCAAAGAAGGAAAACUUAGGAUUCUUCAUUGCAAUGAAUCCCACGGAUUUAGUAACGAGGGAUCCUGUGGUACUGAUGACAGCAGAUUUGAGGUUGAGACGUUUGCUUUAGAAGGCUGAUUAUUGUUGAUCAAAGGCAAUGUCUUCUGCUCUGUAAGCUUGACAAUGGUUGCUAUGAAACCACACCUCAAAUGACACGCAAAUGCAAACACAAAAACACACCUGCCUGCAUAUAUGAAAAUGAACUUCUGUUCAUGUGGCAAUACCCGAAAUGGUGUAGGAGUUGUGCAUUCCUAAGGUUUACUCUUUGUUUUCUUCCUGGAGUGAGUUGUAUCCAAAGCUUUGCUGCUAAAUUCCUGGUGCAGGUGCCGACAACUACUAGGGCCUUCCUGGCUUUUGGUUGGGUCAUAGUUGUUUUCUUAGACCACAGAAUAUAUAUAUAUAUAUAUCAUAUAUGUGGGGCUCGGUGAGAAACAGUGUCUGGUCUUUGACGGUGUCAUCUACUUUGGUUCUUUAACUGGCUGGCUGGGGUGGGGGACUAAUGUUGAUGGCCUUGGCCUUCUUUGUAUCAUAGAAUGACAAAGCAUUGAAAGCAGUUAUGUGUAUCUUUUUCUUUCU